UCACCUCUUUCCCUGCAAAUUUUUUGUUGUUUUCUCUUUGUUUAGUGUUUUUGUCCAGAGACGAGAGAGGCGGUGGGCGGAACGCGGUGGGAUGAAGGAGGUGAGGCGGUGAGGCGAUGGUUGUGGAGUUCCGAUGCAGCAGAGCUAGGGUUAGGGUUUUGUGUAUCUUUGAUGAAUUGCGGCGGAAUCUUUCAUGUGGUGUUGCCUUUGUUUGAGUUUGAAUAAUUGGUCGGAUUGUAGGUGGUUUCUUGGCUUUUCUUGAACCUAGGGUUUUGUUGAUUGAAAUCUCUGGAAUUUUGUUGCAGGAUUGAGCGUCGGGGAGUGUGUAUUCGGUGAUAGAGCUCUCUUCCAGGAAUUCAAUUUUGGAGCAACCAGUAAACAAUAUUCCAGAGGAUCUUCUUCACGAUAUUCCAGAGCUAAUGAAUUUUGACGCAUCUACUGGAUGGUGCAACAACCCCACAAUGGAGCAGUCGUAUGCCUCUUAUGAAAUAGGUACUUUUAAUGUUGCUGGGAGUUCUUUUUGCUCUGGAGCUAAGAUGGCUUUUCAACCCAUGGAUUCUCAAUUUGGUUUUUCAUUGAAUUCCACAGAAGUAGACAAUUCAAAUGCUACAAGAAGUAACAACAGUUCUUUUCAACAGAACUUUGUUUCAGAAAUUGGGUCAGAUGCUAGUAGAAGUAUCGGUUGUUUCCAACAGAAUGUUGGUUCUGAUAUGGAGAAUUGUUCUGAUAUGGGGAAUUGUAUGAUUUCCAGGCCAUUAGGACGUCCACUUGCUGAGAAGAUGCUCACGGCUCUGUCUUUUUUUAAACGGUCAUGUGAAGGAGGCAUUCUUGCACAAGUUUGGGUUCCAAUUAGAACGGGAGAUCAUUACAUGUUAAGCACUUACGAGCAACCAUACUUGCUUGACCAAACACUUGCAGGUUAUCGUGAAGUCUCAAGGGCAUUCACCUUCUCUGCAGAAGACAAAUCAGGGCUUUUUCCAGGACUUCCUGGUCGAGUAUUCAUGUCUAAAGUUCCAGAGUGGACUUCAAAUGUAGGCUAUUACAACUUGGAGGAGUAUUUGCGGGUAAAGCAUGCUGCUCAUCAUGACGUUCGUGGAUCUAUUGCAUUACCUGUUUUUGAUCCUCCUGAGAUGUCAUGUUGCGCUGUUUUAGAGCUUGUGACUGUAGAAGAGAAAUCUAAUUUUGAUUCAGAGAUGGAAAUGGUUUGUCAGGCCCUCGAGGCUGUGAACUUAAAGAGCACCACACCACCUCGACUUCAACAACAAUACUCAAAUAACCAGAGAGCUGCCUUGGCAGAGAUCAUUGAUGUUUUACGAGCAGUAUGUCAUGCUCAUAGAUUGCCAUUGGCUUUGACAUGGAUUCCAUGUAAUUUCAUCAGGGGAGAUGCUGAUGAAAUAAUAAGAGUACGUAUUAAACAGAGUAACACAAGUUCAAGUGGAAAAUGCAUGCUAUGCAUAGAGGAGACAGCUUGCUAUGUAAAUGAUAGAGAGAUGCAAGGUUUUGUGCAUGCAUGCAUGAAGCAUUAUAUUGAGGAAGGGCAAGGUGUUUCUGGAAAAGCACUCCAAUCAAAUCAUCCCUUCUUCUUCCAGGAUGUAAAGAAGUAUGACAUCAGUGAGUAUCCACUUGUUCAUCAUGCACGCAAGUUUGGCCUGAAUGCUGCUGUCGCAAUUAGGUUGAGAAGCACCUUCACUGGUAAUGAUGAUUAUAUAUUGGAGUUCUUUCUCCCCCUUAGCGUGAAAGGGGGUCCAGAACAGCAACUUUUGUUAAACAACCUCUCAGGCACCAUGCAAAAGAUGUGUAGGAGCUUGAGGAGAGUUUCAGACACAGAGUUGCUUGGAGUAGAAUGUUCUAAAUUUGGGAUUGAAAGGGGAGUACUUACAAAUUUACCCCCAAUGCCUGUAUCUGGAAGUAACUCUCAAUUGGAAUCGUCAGAAUUUGAAUUCAAUUUGGACAGGAUGGGUUUGGAUGCAUCUAACCUAGGAGUUGAGGGACUGGUGGCAAGUGUUCCCCGUGAAAAGAAAACAUGUGGAUCAAGAAGACAGCAGGAUAAAAGACGGACAGUGGCUGAGAAAAAUGUGAGCCUCAGCCUCCUUCAGCAGUACUUUUCUGGGAGUCUCAAGGAUGCAGCAAAAAGCAUUGGAGUUUGCCCCACUACACUCAAAAGAAUCUGCAGACAACAUGGGAUAUCAAGAUGGCCGUCCCGCAAGAUCAACAAGGUGAACAGAUCACUGAGGAAGAUACAGACUGUCCUCAGUUCUGUUCAGGGAGUCGAAGGCGGAUUGAAGUUCGACCCAGCCACUGGGGGGCUCGUAGCUGCAGGCUCCGUAAUCCAAGACUUCGGUGCAGGUCCCAACAUCCUUGUCCAGGACCUGCCCGUUCUGCACCCUGGGCCAGCUUCCCAAGCAGCACCCUCAGCACCUCCGGCAAUAGGUGUUGAUGGUGAGGUGAAGCUGGAGGAAGAUGAUUGUUACGUGGUUGGAACCCAGGGGUCCCCCAGGAGCUUGCAGCAGAACCUGAACCCGCCCAGGCGAGAGCAGAAGACAUCCAACAUCGCUCUGGUCGACUGUAGCGAAGACUCCAGAUCCAUGGAUUUGGAAAGCGGAUCGUUCCGGUCAGCAGCCAGCCUCGACGCCAUGCCUUGGGCUCUUGCUGAUAACCCCAUGCUCGAUUCCUACUUCGCCCAAACAUGCAGCACAUGGGGGGCCAGGAGCUCAACCACAACCUUCCCGGCUGCUGCUGCCGUUACCGCAGCCAAUGAGAUGGACACCGUAGUCGACGGUGAUCAACCCACGUCUUCGGGCAUGACAGCCUCGUCCAACAGCUCUGCCUCAAUGGUUCAUGCGAGUUCCUCAAGCUCGCCAAGUUUCGAGAGGCAGCUGCCGGCGAGGGGGAAGACAAAGGCGGAAGACGGUGGGUCGAAGAUCACCGUAAAGGCUACAUACAAAGAAGACACCAUCAGAUUCAAGUUUGAGCCUUCUGCUGGUUGCUUCCAACUAUACGACGAAGUAGCCAGAAGGUUCGGACUUCAGAUCGGCACAUUCCAGCUCAAGUACCUUGAUGAUGAAGAAGAGUGGGUGAUGCUGGUAAAUGACGCCGAUCUACAAGAGUGUCUUGACAUUCUGGAGGAUGUUGGAUCCCGGAGCGUCAAGUUUCUCGUCCGGGACACUCCAGCCGCCAUGGGUAGCUCCGGAAGCAGCAACUGCUUCCUGAUCGGUGGAUCUUAGCGGGGGCAGGAAGGUGGGAGGAAGAAGACGGGAGGAAAAAUUUUGAGGGAUCCAGACCGAAUUCCGCGGCAAAUAAGGAGUUGGAAUUCGGGCAUGGAAGGGGCAUACCAUAUCCUGAAAACCCUCCUUCUCCCGUUCCAGCAGAUGCCAAGCAGGUCGCAGAUGCUUGGCUCUUGCCGGAUCCGAGAACGGGAGAGAUGAAAGGGAGAAGGUUGGAUGAUAAGGGCGCAGAGGAUUGGGCAUCCCAUGUUGUGAAAUAUAUAGUGUGAAGGGAGGCGGUGGAAAUACUGAGAGUAGUGUUGUAACUUGUAACAAAAUCCAUGUACAGUGUUUAGUCAAAUAAUGAAUGAAAAUACAAGUUUUUUUAUGCAACAA